AUGGGUUGCGCCGCCUCCAAGCUCGACGAAACGCCGGCGGUGGCUCUGUGCCGCGACCGCCGCGCUUUCCUCGACGAGGCCAUACGACACCGUUUUGCCUUCGCCGAGGCCCACGCCGCAUAUCUCGAAUCCCUCAGAGCCAUUGGCCUCUCUCUGGACCAGUUCUUCGACCUAGACUCCAACCCCGCCGCCGCCCGCGGACCGGCCUCUCCGGUUCUCAACCUCCCGCCUCGGGGGACGGGGAAGAAGCCGCCCGGUUCGCCCCCAGUCGAAACCCAUCACCAUCUCCACUCUCGCUCCGACUCCGGUUCGGACCUGGUUUUCGAUGAUUCCGACUCGGACGGCGAUGGGUUCCACCCUCCCGACGAGCCUGUCCGGCGGUUUACGAAUGUGAGAUACAUGAAAAACCAAACGACGCCGUCUGUGCUGCGCAAUCACCGGCCGGCAAUCCCAGAAACUAUACUGGUUCGUCAAUCCUCUGCUUAUGCUGAUAAUCCCAAUUAUAAUUUGCAAGAAAACGGUCAUGGAAGCUAUUCGUCGGCCAUGGCUGUAUCUUCGAGUUCGAAAGAUCCGCCACCUCCGCCGUCCCCACCGAGAAGCUCGGCUUGGGAUUUUCUGAACCCUUUUGGGACCUUUGAGGAUGAUUACUCUGGUGAUAAGCUGGGCCCUGAUAGCUCGAGGGCGGCCGGGGAAGAAGAAGGUAUACCAGACUUGGAGGAUGAGAAUGGUGAGGUCGUGAAGGAAGUUCACAGUGGCCGGAGUUCGGUGGGUGGUGAAAAAGGCGGUUACUUUAAUGAAGGCCAAGUGGGGAACGGUGAGGAUUUUGAGAAUGUGGGUUUUAAGAGUGAGACUGAUGGUCAGGAUGAGUUGAAAGUCAAGGAUCGUAGUGACUUCAAAGGCGAUUUGGAAGUCUUGAAAGAGAUACGAGUCGAAUUUGACCGUGCUUCAGAAUGUGGUCGUGAGCUAGCUAAGUUUCUUGAGGUUGGGAAGCUUCAGUAUAAGUGGAAACAUAAAGUUCCAUUCAAGAUGUUGAAUUCAUUAUGGAAUUUGAUGCCUAAAACUAAAAGGUCCGGUGAUGGUGAUCCUACUUUGUUAGGCGUUGUUCAUGAUGAUUAUCUAAAGUCGAAAAACCUUUCUUCGACAUUGCACAAGCUGUAUCUAUGGGAGACAAAACUGUACAUAGAGGUUAAGGCCGAAGAGAAAAUGAGAGUCCUCCACGAACGUAAAUCGAGAAAAAUGAACUGUAUAGAUCACUAUGGUGCCGAGUCUCACAAAAUCGAGGCAGCAAAAGCUCUGCUCAGAAGUCUCUCCACAAAUAUCAAAAUGGCAAUUCAAGUAGUUGAUAAAAUCUCGGUUAAGAUAAAUACAUUGAGGGACGAGGAAUUAUGGCCUCAGCUUAACAAUCUAUUUCAAGGGUUGACCAAGAUGUGGAAGUCAAUGCUCGAGUGCCACCGUAAGCAGUGUCGAGCAAUUGGGGAAGCCAAACAAUUAGACAGUACCAUUGCACUCUGCAAGAACUCGAGUGAACUAGAACAUAACCUAGUUUGUUGGACACUCGAGUUUUCCCGUUGGGUAGAGGCGCAAAAGGGUGUAGCCCGAUCAUUGAACAGCUGGCUCACAAAAUGUCUUCUUUAUGGUCCCGACCAAAUCCCGGACGCCCCUCGAGUCUUUAUUAUUUCUCAUCAUUGGUCAAAAAUGCUCGACCGAAUUUCGGAGAAGGAAGCACUCGACUCCAUGUGUGGGAAAAUUAAGAUACUCAAAAAGGAAGAUCAGGAAAUACAGAAAGAGAUGAUAAAGUCGUUGAGUUUGCAGAAUGUACUCGAGUCAAUGGAGGAUUUUAGUGGAAGCUCAUUAAGAGUUUAUGAGGAGCUGUUGGAACGGAUGAAUGUGCUCGAGUUUGCAUCAUGA